GCUGCGCAGACCUUUGUGAGAGAACGUUUUGGGAGUUUACGUUGCCUGACCGGAGGGCGGGAAAAUGCGUAGCGUUGAAGGGAACGACGUCAAGAUUUUGACCAGUCCGGGCUCGCUACUUACGGAACCUCUCCUGACCACUCUCUCCUGGACGGCCGUCCUCCUCCCUCUCUGCUUCGUUUCUUGGACGUUUGUUCGACGACUAGAAACGUCCUUGCUGGUCAUGCGACGAUGGUCUGUCGCCAGAGUGCGUGCACUUCGGCAAGACACCACCCCAACUGCUUCAGUUGCACGAAUUCCUUCCACUGGUGCGGUCACGCGAACUCAUUGUCAUCGUAAUUGCUACAGUGUGUUAGCAACUCAAGCAAAAACACAGCCUGUCAGAGCAGCGGCACAGUCACAGAAUGUGUCAUGUUCGUCUGUUCAUAGCAAACCCGCCCUGUCUGCAGUAAAAUCUCCACGACCGCGUCCGGAUCCGUAUACUAUGCUUGCCCCGCAGUUGGAUACCCUACGAGAAACUCUCCUGACCCUCCUAGGCUCAUCACAUCCUUCACUUACGGAGAUUGCGCAGUACUACUUUUUGCAUCCAUCAAAACAAUUACGACCACUCCUGGUACUCCUAUUCUCGCAAGCUACGAAUGGGCUGGGACGUGGAUGGCACGCGAAGAAAUGGGCAGCGGAAUGCGAAGGUGCUGGAGGACGUGCUGAAGAAUUGGAUAGCCCAUUGACGCGUCCAGACGUGUUGAAUGACUGGAACCCCAAUAUGUCAGAUCAUACCGCGUCUUUCACCUCGACAUUUCCUCUGCAGAAUCCUCGUCCAAUACAUGAACCGCCAAUACCACCCCCAUUCGUCACGGACCCUAAUCCAACACUGGCGUCGCUACCUGCUUUCCUUCCGACCCAAAUACGUCUGGCACAGAUUGUCGAAAUGAUUCAUGUCGCGUCCUUGUUGCAUGACGAUGUCAUUGACAAGUCUCCGUUACGGCGCGGCGCACCUUCCGCGCCUGCAGCAUUUGGAAACAAACUUACAGUACUCGCCGGCGAUUUCCUGCUUGGACGAACUUCCGCCGCUCUCUCAAGACUGGGAGAAAGCGAAGUGGUCGAACUCAUAGCUAGCGUGAUCGCAAACCUAGUCGAAGGGGAGAUCCUGCAAUUGAAGGCUGUUCAUGGCGAGGAACUCGGCCUCGAUAGUGCACAGACACCGAGCGUGGGGAGAGAAAAUUGGAACAUUUACCUGCAAAAGACGUACCUGAAGACGGCUAGUCUGAUGGCGAAAGGUGCCCGGGCAGCAGUAGUGCUUGGUGGAUGCAAAGAGGGUGAAAUCUGGAAGGAGAUUGCAUAUGCCUAUGGCCGCAACCUCGGUAUUGCUUUCCAGCUUGUGGAUGAUAUAUUGGAUUAUGAGGCUGGCGAGAGUACCUUAGGCAAGCCUGGAGGUGCAGACCUUCGUCUCGGUCUUGCAACGGGUCCUGCUCUCUUCGCUUGGGAGGAACAUCCCGAGAUGGGUCCCCUCAUAGAGCGGAAGUUCAAACAGGAAGGGGAUGUCGAGCUUGUAUGUGUCGAUUUAUUCCAUUCCGUCUGCCAUGAUUUCAUGUUUCUUUGCGUCUAGGCUCGAGAUCUUGUACGACGGUCAUCUGGCGUGGACCGUACUCGCGACCUUGCUCGGGCACAUGCAGACAAGGCAAAAGAGGUCCUAGGACCGUUACCAGACAGCGAUGCUAAGACAGCAUUGGAGGUCUUGACAGAGCGAGUGGUCAAACGGACGUGGUGACCGAAUGCUACUCUAUCUAGAGGCUAUACAUGCGCCCUAAAUGGACACGUUGGUGCUGGUACUAUAUUGCUAUUCUACCACGAUUCAAUCCUAAUCUUGUACUCGAACCCUGGUCAGUGGUCUUGUGGGUUUCCUUGGAAGCUCAGAUGUUCUGAGAUAUAGAUAUUUGGCUGAGGGUGUCAGAGGUCCCCGGCAGACUCCGACCACCAGGUCUAUACGCGCAAUUCGUUACGAACUUUACUCCAGCUCUUGACCACGUCUUGUUGAACUGUGUCUAAUUGUCGCUCUCCUUUGUUUUACUGAACCUUUUAGUUGAUUAGAUCUUGCCAAUAUGACGAAAAAUACCCAAGUAGAAGU